CGUUUGGCACUGGACGAAGAGAACCAUCGGCUAACGUUGCGACUUCUUCUCUUUCAAUCAUCGUGUCGAUCUAACGGUACGACCAUCAAAGACGGCCGUGGUCGCGAAGAGAGUCAGUGGUGUUCAUCCAUUCAGUAGUAUUCAGUUAGUAGUAGCAUCAAGAACCAGGAGAGUUCCUGGGCGGUAGUUUUUAUCCAUCGAGUCUUAGGAAGUUUGACUUUGAGUGGUACUUCGCGCGACUAAAGACCUUCGCGUUUCCGGGGUCGUAUAAAGCGGUUUUGGCUGUUCAGUAAAUCGUUACGUUUCGUUUGGUAGAUGCGAGAUAUUUGUGUAGGCCUUUUUGGUGAAUUUCGCGAAAAUUGUGGAUCGAGAAUUCCGUUGAAUAUCGGAAAGCCAUAAUCUUAUACCUGCACCUCCAAGAACUGAUUGCCAGAAAUCGAUUAUUUGGAUAAUCAAAGAUGUUUAUGAACAUGAAGACGAUACUACUUCUCAUGUUGGCAAUCGCCUAUACUGUAGCUGAUGAAGAAGAUACCGAAAGCGAAAUUGUUGAAAUUCCUGAGAAACCCACUGGAAUGACAAGUAUUCUUGAUGACUGUGAUCCAGAGAUGAUAGGGUUUGAACUGAUAACAGGCAACGUAUUUUCUGCACCAGCAAACGUACUGGAUUCGAUACCCGGUACUCUGAUGCUGACAGAUUGCCUCGAGACAUGCCAAGGAAACGACAGCUGUCAAUCUGUCAACUACGAAACAGGACUCUGCGUCCUCUUCAAUUCGAACGCCGACAUGUUGCCAGGUGCGCUGACCAGAUCCCAGUUCCCAGUAUUUACCAUCUACGCACAGAAGAGCUGUUUGGGAAUAAAGCCAUGCGAGAGGGCUUGGUGCAUAGACCGCGUGCAGAACCACAAGCUUAGCGGAUACACCAAGAACAAACAUCAGGUGUCUUCACGUCAAGAAUGUCUGGAGCUGUGUUUGGGAGAGAAUGAAUUUGCAUGCAGGUCUGCCAACUACAAUAACGCAACAGGUGACUGCGAGCUCUCCAACAUGGACAGGAUCACCCUGGCCGGCACCAACGCUUUUCAGGCUGCUGACGGAAUCGAUUACAUCGAAAACAACUGCGUCGACGAACCAACCAAACUCUGCGAAUUCAAGAAGUUGAACGGCAGGAUCCUGAAGACAGUCGAUUCCGUAUACCAAGACGUCGGAUCAGUCGAAGAGUGCAGAGAAUUGUGCUUGAACUCCCCCUACAGAUGUCACUCCUACGAUUACGGUGACACCGGUGAGAUGGUCUGCAGACUUAGCCAUCACUCCAGGGCCACUUUGACCGACAUUCAGGAUCCCUAUUUGGAAGUCCCGGAAGCAUCCACGUACGAACUCAGCUCUUGCUACAACGUCAGCAUCGACUGCAGGUCCGGCGAUAUGGUGGCGAGGAUCCAGACCAACAAACUGUUCGACGGUAAGAUCUACGCUAAGGGAAGCCCGAAUUCAUGCGUUAGGGACGUCAACAACAGCCUGGAGUUCGAACUCAACAUGGCCUACGACAACCUCGAGUGCAACGUGAGGAAAAACGGAUUGGGCCGCUACAUCAACGACGUCGUCAUCCAACACCACGAUAAGAUCGUAACCAGCUCAGAUUUGGGACUUGCUGUCACCUGUCAAUACGACCUAACGAACAAGAGCGUCACCAACGAGGUAGAUCUAGGUGUUAAGGGAGAUAUCACACCAGCGUUGUCUGAAGAAGUCACUGUGGACUCACCAAAUGUAGCCAUGAAGAUCACAGACAGAAACGGAGGAGAUGUUAUGCCAUCCGCUGAAGUCGGUGACCCACUUGCUCUCAGAUUCGAGAUCAUCGACAAGAACAGCCCAUACGAAAUCUUCGUCAGAGAAUUGGUGGCCAUGGAUGGUGUGGACUCGAGCGAAAUCGUUCUCAUCGAUUCUGACGGUUGUCCAACUGACCACUUCAUCAUGGGACCCAUCUACAAGUCUGUUCAAUCAGGAAAGAUCCUGCUCUCCCACUUCGAUGCCUUCAAGUUCCCAUCUUCAGAAGUUGUUCAAUUCCGCGCUCUGGUAACACCAUGUAUGCCAACUUGCGAACCAGUCCAAUGUGACCAGGAAGAGAGCACCGGAGACCUCAGAUCCGUCAUGUCCUACGGCAAACGUAGGAGACGUCGUUCCACCGACGCUCAAGAUGAUCUCCUCCUGGUACAGAGCAUCCAGAUCAAGGACAAGUUCGGUUUCGAACGCGACAACAAAUCAGCUCUUCUCAACGAAGCCGUAUUCCUACCUAACGAAGCAGGAGUUUGCAUCAACAUGGCUGGAUUGGUCGUAGCAUGCGCUGUCUUCUUGGCCGCCCAGAUGACCCUCAUCGCCGCCUGGACCUUCGUCUGGCAGAAGAGGCGAUCCAGCUCUAAACUAUCAGGAUGCGACAAUAUGUCAGUCACCAUGUCCAUUCCACCGUCCGCCAUGAACUCCAGCAGGUCCGACAGUCUGUGCAAGCUUUACGACAGCGGAUACAGCCAUCCGCGUAGAUUUUAGGUUAAAACAGUGAUUUUUAGAGGCUAAGACGGACCUGAGUGGAAAUUCGGCUUUAUUCAGAGACUUGCAGCAUGUUGUUCAUCAGUGAUGUGAUUCUGCAGGUCCGUCUAAACAGAGCCUCUGCAAUCGAGGACUGACACUCAAAAUUUGAAGGAAACUUCAGUAAUGGUUGCUACGCAUCUUCGCUAUGCUCUUAACUUAGGUGUAUUUAGGAAAAUCAUAUUGAGAUCCCGCUUAAUCACUAGAUUUCUCACACAGCCAUAAUAUGUCUUCUUUGGUUAUUUUAUAAUUGAAAUCAACUCUGAAGAAAGUAUAAAGAUCUAACAGCCACGAUACCGUUCCUCAAGUAUUAUUUUAUCGUCAACGUUUCAAGCUAUCGAUCCCAUUAAAAUGUCGGUACCAUCAUGAUCCGUUCAAGUUCCUAAGGCACCAGGUAGAUGUACGUUGGCAACCCUGAACUCCGUAGACCCUGCUGACCUAAAACCCGGCUCGUAAAGGCGAGUCGCUUAAUUCGCAUCGACACCUCGCAUUUUCCCAUAUCAUAUUGCAAGGUGAAUCGUUAUCCUCCAUUCAGCUAGUGCCACAUCUUGAAAGGUUGCUAGGGAACGGCAUCGUGGCAGAUUACUGUUGUUUUUAAAGUCGCAAAUGCAUAACUGUAAAGCGGGACUCGGUCUCAGCGUAUAAUAAAUAUGCACCACACCACGCUGUCAAGGUUACAACUGUCGGAAGUUGUCGCAACUCCGACAUACAAUAUGUGCACAGAAACGCGCCCAAUAUGGAACAUAGAGGAUGAUCUUAGAAGUCGUUUUUAGGCCUCGCGUUCAAGAUCGUUAGCAAGUAUGUUCGGAACGCGUUCUUACAGCAAAAAAAAAGCAGAAUUCUAUAUGCUUCAGGUUCUACGUGCACCCGAUAUGGCGUGUAUCAAUAUCUAGCAAUGUGUAGCAUCCAUUUUUAUCGUUCGAAAAAACCACUAGGAUCAUUUUAUCGUUUCAAUUAAUCAUCAUUUCGUAUGUAUCCCUGAGAAUGUAAGCUAUAAUUCCUCUAUACCGCAAUAUCUUUAAUUAAAUAAUUAACUGAUUAGAAAUCGAUCGAUUGGAUAUAAUUGAUCGGUGUCCAAUAUAUGUGUCGCAUACGACGUCUUAAGAUUAAAUACUCGUAUUGGAUUAGACACAUCAUUUUUAGCUUUUAAGGUAACGUUGCUGCAAUGUUGAGCGAAUCGAUCCCAAUCAAUUAACAAGACACGUUCUGGAAUCAAUGCAAGUGAGAAAUAUCAAUAUAGAUAAGGGAAAACCGGAACAACUGCUAAUUCCGAUGCGUAUGUCAGUCAAGCCAACGCUGAAAAAAAAAUAACUCGAAACAUCCGAAGUUCAGAUCACGUUUCAAAUUAGAAGGAUAAAUUAGUAGUUCCUGAACGCACCCCAUUAUCCAUAGAAUAUUACGGCGUUCGCACUGUCGCCAACGUAAUUUUGUACGUCGAAAUAUCGUUGGCGUUUUUUCUCUUAGCUUUCGACAUUGUGCCAAAUUGAAAUAGGGUAGAUUCCUUUUCUGAUUGUUGCCAGAACGGUUGUCGUUCAAAUCCUUUACUAACGCGUACGUGUAAGCUUUCGGUUUAUGGUUUUUAUUAGUUUAGAAGAUCGAUUAUUCCACAUUGUAGCGUUACGAAACCCGGUUCGAACGGAUUCUAGGACGAUCAAGCACGAAUGAAAAAAAAAAUAUUUUCUACUCUUAUUAUGUAGAGUGUGAGUAUAUGUGAGAAUGAAUGAUUAUUUAAAAGGCUUGUCCUGGUCUCCUUUGAGCCCGAGUGGUUGGUUUUGCAGUUUGUUUAGAUGUAAUGGAUGUAGUUCUUACGCAAAACCUCCUGCUGGUACACGCAUUAGACAAUAACAGAAUACCAUACUUCCUUAUUCUUGUUUUAUUAUUUAGCUAUUUUAAAUUUUUAGUUAUUUCAUUCUUUUAUCUUAUUGUAUUCAGUGAUGAAUCUAACAUUUUAUAAACUUAACUUAUGAAAUUAAUAAAUCUAUGAAAAUAA